CGCGCGCCCGCCGCCCGCGGGGGCGCGGGAGCCAUCCCGGCGCCUGCGCGCUGCUGAGGCGGUGGCGGUGGCAGCGGCCUGAAGAAGCCCGGGGGGAGAGCGGGCGGCGGUGGUGGUUCUGGCGGUUUAGUGUGUCGCUGGGCGGCCGUGAUCGCGCGCCACGAUGCCUGCGGUGUCGAAGGGCGAUGGGAUGCGGGGCCUGGCGGUCUUCAUCUCCGAUAUCCGUAACUGCAAAAGUAAAGAAGCGGAGAUAAAGAGGAUAAAUAAAGAACUAGCAAACAUCCGGUCAAAAUUUAAGGGUGACAAGGCUCUAGAUGGUUACAGUAAGAAAAAAUAUGUCUGCAAACUACUUUUCAUCUUUCUCCUGGGGCAUGACAUUGACUUUGGUCACAUGGAGGCUGUAAACCUGCUCAGUUCUAAUAGAUACACAGAGAAACAAAUUGGAUAUCUCUUCAUCUCCGUGCUGGUGAACUCUAACAGUGAGCUGAUACGUUUAAUUAACAACGCAAUCAAGAACGAUCUGGCCAGCCGCAACCCCACAUUCAUGGGGCUUGCUCUGCAUUGUAUUGCUAAUGUGGGUAGCCGGGAGAUGGCAGAAGCUUUUGCUGGAGAAAUUCCAAAAAUACUUGUAGCUGGAGAUACUAUGGACAGUGUAAAGCAGAGUGCUGCAUUAUGCUUGCUGCGUUUGUAUAGAACUUCUCCUGACCUUGUUCCCAUGGGAGACUGGACAUCUAGAGUGGUACAUCUCCUCAAUGACCAGCAUUUGGGUGUGGUUACUGCAGCUACAAGUCUGAUCACCACUUUGGCACAGAAGAACCCAGAAGAGUUUAAAACUUCAGUCUCCUUGGCAGUAUCUAGAUUAAGCAGAAUUGUAACUUCUGCAUCUACAGAUCUUCAGGACUAUACGUACUACUUUGUUCCUGCUCCUUGGUUAUCUGUGAAACUUCUGAGGUUGUUACAGUGCUACCCACCUCCAGAAGACCCUGCGGUACGUGGUCGUCUAACAGAAUGCCUGGAAACUAUUCUUAACAAAGCGCAGGAGCCACCAAAGUCAAAAAAAGUACAACACUCAAAUGCAAAGAAUGCUGUGCUGUUUGAGGCAAUAAGCUUAAUUAUACAUCAUGACAGUGAGCCAAAUCUACUAGUCCGUGCCUGUAACCAGCUAGGUCAAUUCUUGCAGCACCGAGAAACUAAUUUGCGUUACCUAGCACUGGAAAGCAUGUGCACGCUUGCCAGCUCUGAAUUCUCACAUGAGGCUGUGAAAACACACAUAGAAACAGUUAUCAAUGCAUUGAAGACUGAAAGAGAUGUAAGUGUACGACAAAGAGCUGUAGAUCUACUUUAUGCAAUGUGUGACAGAAGCAAUGCCCAACAGAUUGUGGCUGAAAUGCUGAAUUACUUGGAGACUGCUGAUUAUUCCAUUAGAGAAGAAAUUGUUCUGAAAGUUGCAAUUCUAGCUGAGAAGUAUGCAGUGGAUUAUACCUGGUAUGUGGAUACAAUCUUGAAUCUGAUUCGCAUUGCUGGUGACUAUGUCAGUGAAGAAGUGUGGUAUCGAGUUAUUCAGAUUGUCAUCAACAGGGAUGAUGUUCAAGGGUAUGCAGCAAAGACUGUUUUUGAGGCCCUUCAAGCUCCAGCAUGCCAUGAGAAUCUUGUUAAAGUAGGUGGCUACAUAUUGGGAGAAUUUGGAAAUCUGAUAGCAGGUGAUCCAAGAUCAAGUCCCCUCAUCCAGUUCAACCUGCUACAUUCCAAGUUUCAUCUGUGCAGUGUUCCUACCCGAGCUCUGCUGCUGUCUACCUACAUCAAGUUUGUGAACCUCUUCCCAGAAAUCAAAACUACGAUUCAAGAUGUAUUGCGCAGUGACAGUCAGCUAAAGAAUGCUGAUGUUGAGCUGCAGCAGAGAGCUGUUGAGUAUUUGAGGCUCAGUACUAUUGCCAGUACUGAUAUAUUGGCUACAGUGCUGGAAGAAAUGCCUCCUUUUCCAGAGAGGGAAUCUUCUAUUUUGGCUAAACUCAAGAAGAAGAAAGGCCCAGGCACAGUUACUGACCUGGAAGAGAUCAAAAAGGAGAGAAGCUCUGAUAUGAAUGGAAGCGCUGAACCUGCUUCUGUCAAUGCCAGUGCUGUUUCUACUCCUUCUCCAUCUGCGGAUCUGCUGGGUCUGGGUGCUGCCCCUCUCGCCAAUUCAGCUCCCCCACCGUCCUCUAGUGGUAGCCUGCUGGUGGAUGUAUUUUCAGAUUCAGCUUCUGCAGUUGCACCUCUUGCUCCUGGUUCUGAUGACAACUUUGCGAGCCCUGACCUGGCUUCAUCUGAGGUAGUUUCUGAGGAACCAGCUGAUACUGUGCAUGAUGCUGAUGAGCUUUUUCACAAGUUUGUGUGUAAAAAUAAUGGAGUCUUAUUUGAAAAUCAGUUGCUGCAGAUUGGAUUGAAAUCUGAAUUUCGACAGAACCUGGGACGUAUGUUCAUAUUCUAUGGUAAUAAGACAUCAACGCAGUUCUUGAAUUUUACUCCAACAGUAAUCUGCUCAGAUGACCUACAGUCAAGCCUGAAUCUUCAGACAAAACCUGUUGACCCCACGGUGGAUGGAGGUGCACAGGUUCAGCAGGUUGUGAACAUCGAGUGUGUGUCAGACUUUAUGGAAGCUCCAAUCCUGAACAUUCAAUUCAGGUAUGGUGGAACAUUUCAAAAUCUUUCAGUAAAAUUGCCCAUCACCCUGAAUAAAUUUUUCCAGCCAACAGAGAUGUCAUCUCAAGACUUUUUUCAGCGUUGGAAGCAACUAAGCAAUCCGAAACAAGAAGUACAGAAUAUCUUUAAAGCAAAACACCCAAUGGAUGCAGAGAUCACAAAAGCUAAGAUUAUUGGCUUUGGAUCAGCCCUACUUGAGGAGGUAGAUCCCAAUCCUGCUAACUUUGUUGGUGCCGGUAUCAUACAUACAAAAACUACUCAGAUUGGAUGCUUGCUGCGCCUUGAACCCAACCUCCAGGCACAGAUGUAUAGGCUCACACUACGAACAAGUAAAGAAGCUGUAUCUCAGAGAUUAUGUGAAUUGCUGUCAGAACAGUUUUAAUAUUAACCAUGUCAGUUUGGUUUUCUUCCAUUUAUAUCACUGUCAUCAUACUGCAAAUAAAUGUCUUGUACAUCACUGUCUGAGUACUGCAAUGUUAACCAUUAUCAGCUCCCUGCCUUAUUAGGACUUGACCCUUGUUUGAAAUUAAGACUAUAAAAUGUACAGUAUGGGGAAGUGACUUUUCACAUUAAAAAUGGCUUUUAGUGUGUUACACAAAGGGUGUGUGGGCUCUCUUGUGCUCCUUUUUUUUUUUUUUUUUUUUUUUUCCCCUCUUUGCAGAGGUCCAGCAUUUAAAUUCAUUAAAGGGAAAUUUAUUUAGAUGUGGUAACCAAGGAUUUCAGCUGGAAAGGGCUAGUAAUGUUCUGCCUUAAGGAGCACCUGCUAAAGCACUCAGCUCUGAGCUGAAAGAAACCAAUGUAAUGCUGCUCAGUAAAAUUCAGAUGUUAAUGUAGAGUCAAACUUUAUAAAGUGCAACAUUGCCAGAAGUCUUGUACUGGUUGGAAGGGCGUAUAUGUUUGAAUCUGAUUCACAUGACCAUUUGUGUUGAGUGCCACCAAUCUUUGUAUUUGAAAAAAGCCACAGGACCGGAGUCUGAAAGUAUUAAUCUUGUAGUCCUUCACAUCUAAAUGUUUUGUGAUCUUUGGGAAGUGGGUUGAACACAAAAGCUGUUCUUAAUCCUUCUGCUUAUCUCAGUGAGGUGAGCUGCUCUGGUAGGUGAUGAACAGGUACAUGUUUAUUCGUGGUUAGUCAAAGUAAGGUUAAAUAUUCUCUUCUGUGUUUUUUGUUUCCCAUCAGACUUAGCAAGUAGUAGUCCUAAUGAUAUAACUAACUACAGGGUCUGGUAUUGUAUAAAAGGAGAAGUGGGAAGAAGUGGGCUCCUGAAAGGCUGUGAGGAGCGCUCUUUUAGAUGAAAAUGUAAUUUUAAACAAUGUUUUUCUCCAAUGCACAGUAAUGUUAAAACUUGAGAGGUUGAAUAACUGGUAUUUGAACAGUUUGCUGUCUGUCAGUGGUGGUAAAAAUACCCAACAUGGUGUAGAAGACUUGUAUUGAGACUGAGAGCAUGCAGAAGGCCCAAAAUGGUCAGCUUGUAUAGUGUUUUUUACAACCAAAGCCUUUGUAAUAUGUUCCACAUCAGCAAACUCUGCAGCCUCUCUGCAGAAGAAAUUGGGUGCAAAUUUGACUCACACUGUUCAAGCCUAAAGGUGUUCCAGAGGCUGCUCAAACUAAGCAGGUAAGGUUGCGCAGUUAGAAACUGGGGGUGACUUGCCAGCGUGUGCUUCAGGUCACAAUGAAUGAAGUCAGCUACUGCUGACUACAUGAGAAGUGAACCUCAGAUCAAGAUUUCCUCAUGGUUAUUUCAAGGAAGUUUGGGACUGGUGUCUCAGCACAUGCAGGCAAGUAUGCCCAUGAAAUUAAGAGUGGUAGCAAUGAACAUUGAAAAUGUGUUUAAAUGAGGCUCCUGUCAUGCUGCCCAGUGCACAGCAGGGGACAGGAUUCUACUUGUUUGGGUGUGCCUUGCUUUUUAAUUCAGUGCUUUCAGCUGAAUGAUGGAAGAGGGUGAUUACAAUUUGGUUUGGUUGAAGGCUAGUGAUGGUACUUGAGUACAAGUGAAAAAAGGGGAGCAAAGAUUUGGAUGUGGGGUGUGGAUUUUGGGAGAUAUUUUUGGUUUGUUUUUCCAGAAAUGACUGGUAGUUGUGGCUGUUGUGACUAAAAAUUUGGGUAGAGACCUGGUCUCUCUGUGAAAGUUCUGUUGAGGUGCUUUUGUGGCCUUUCGGUGGCUAAUCAAGACUCUUGGAUCACAAACAUUCCUUGAAAAUCUUCAUGAGCAGUUCCUACAGCAAGGUCAGGCAGUUGGCAAAAUACUAGUGGGCUAUCUUAUGUUGUGUCUUGUUGCUACUGUAUGUCUCUUCAUUAGUCCUGUUACCUUAACCAUGCUGUUGACUGCUACAUUAAACGUCUGAUGUGCUGAACUGAAGGGAGUCUUAGCAAAGACAGGGGAGCAGCUUCUAUUUCACUUUUCCCACUCCUCUUGUGUAUCUGUCCCCCUGAAAACUGUCUAUGCCCUCAUUAAAGGACACCUUGAGACACUGCGCUACUUCAGUUCACUUUGCUUUGGUUCAAGCUGUGCUAAAAUGUGCAUUUAAAAUAUGGGAAGGAGGGGGGUAAGGGAAAGUGUCUUUUUCAGUGGUGACUGUGUUAAGCUUAUGAUUGUUCACACAUUGUAUUAAACGUCAGCUCAAUGAAGCCAUGAGCAGAAAAGUGAACAAGUUAAAGACAAAUACUUGAUUUUUUUAUUUUUUUUUUUUUGUGAAUGAUGGUUAACUUAACCAAAGUGAUGUAUCCUGUCAAGCAGACAAAGUAAUUUCUGCAGUAAACAGUGUUAUUGUUUUUAAGUACAGUAUUUUCUGGCAUUGACGUGAAAAUAACUGAAUAGCAAAACAGGUAGCAUAUGUUCAUUCUUGACCUACACUCCAGUAUGUAACAUUAAUGGUGAUUGUCUUAUUUGUAUAAAACAAAGUUCUGUCAAAUUAAGUGGAGAAUUUUCAUAUAGAAGACUAUAUAUUAGACUAUAUUCAUCAGAAGAACGUAUUAAGAUUAAAUAAAUGAUUAGAACAGUAA